AUGUCCAGACCGUGGUUGGCUCUUCUUUAUUUUAAAACCAAAAAUGGAAGUUAUGCUUUCAACUGUGGCGGUACUUUGAUAAACAAACGUUACGUGUUAACAGCUGCUCAUUGCUUCUUAGAUCAAGAACUACAAUCAGUCCGUUUGGGAGAACAUUACAUAAGUCAGGAAAGAGAUUGCAGUGGACAUUUUUAUGCGCCACCAGUUGAGGAUAUUGACAUUGAACGCAUUUUCGUGCAUGAAAAAUACUCGCGUGUUACUCGUCAUAAUGAUAUUGCUCUAGUAAAACUCUCGAGAGACAUGGAAGUCAAAGCAAACAUUGCGCCUAUUUGUCUGCCCACCAACUAUGAUCUUCAACAAAAAGUCAAUAAUAUGCCAAGAUUUUAUGUGACUGGCUGGGGUAAAACUGAAAAUGGGCAGCUUUCAAAUUGUCCGAAGGAAGCCGGUUUAAAUCGUAUAGAUCGCUUUCAAUGCCAAAACUCUUAUCCUAGUCGAGAAAUCGUUUCCACACAAAUCUGCACAGGUGGCGUUGGAUAUGAUUCCUGCAAAGGUGAAUCUGGAGGUCCAUUGUCGUAUGCGACGUAUUUGAAUGAUUUUCAACGGAUUGUUCAGUAUGGCGUGGUAAGUGAUGGAACACAUGAAUGCGGAAAUGGAAGUCCUGGUGUCUACACAAACGUUGGCAGUUAUAUACGCUGGAUAGCCUACAAGAUUGCCAGACAAGAAGUAAAUAGAGUAAGGUAG